UUUGUGAUGGUUUUGGUUCUGAACUCGAGGACCGAUUGGUAGAGUUCAGUCCAUCGUGAAGUGGGUUUGCACGGUAAGCUUGGUCCGAAAGGGAACUUUGGUUCUCAUCUAUUACUUGUAUGAUCGCAAUGAUGUACUUGUAAUGGUUCAGCGAUGAUGAGUCUCCUCACAACCGUGUAUUUGUUACUCUACACCACCUAGGACCAAUAAGGUGGAGAAUGUUGGAGGUAUUGGUCCUACCAAGGCCUCCCUUCCACUUAUUAUGUUAAGGCCUGCACCCUAUGUUUAUUCCUACUUCCUACACUGUUACUUAUCUAGCUAGCCUGGCUUUUCCUAUCCGUUGCCAACUCUUAUUGACUUGGUAUUAUUUGUCUCUUGGCCUCCUGACUUUUGCUAGCCUGUCUCGAGCCCCACCUUUGUUUGUCUUUGACACCCAUGAGCAAAUAAUAGCCUACUAUAAUUGAGUGCUCCUCUUCCCUUUUUGAGAGAUACGGUGAGUUCAAUACAGUGAGCUCCUCUUCCUUCCUUUGUGUGGAGUUAGAGUGUGAGGGAGUGGUAAACAAGGUGAGUGGAGUGGCUAAACAAUCCUGGGGUGGUGUGUGUGAGUUGUUUUGGUUGGAGACCUGAGCUGAAAUACACACCCAACACCAUGCUUAUACAGAAUCUUUCACAAAGACCCGGUACCGGUGGACCUCCCAAACUUCGAAUAACCGGAAUUGAGCUUCCCCAACCCGGUUUUCGCCCCGAAGAAAUGGUAAAAGAGACCGGUUGUCGUUUGGCAAAAUAUUGUGAGCGUUUCGGUGUACCAUUUGAGUACAAUGCCAUCACAAGGAAAAAUUGGGAGACAAUUAAAGUUCAGGAUUUAAAGCUUGUGAGUGGGGAUUUGGUUGCUAUUAACUGUUCGUUUCGUUUCGAAAACCUAUUCGAUGAGGCAAUGGUUGUUGCAGAUACUCCAGACAGCCCUAAGAUUGCAGUUACAAACUUAAUCCGUAAAAUAAAUCCUCAUAUUUAUGUGCAAUCGGUGCUGAGUGGAGCCCACACAUCUCCUUUCUUUCUCACUCGGUUUCGAGAAGCCCUCUUCUACUACUCUGCUUGCUUUGAUAUGUGUGAUGCUGUUUUACCUCGUAAUGAUCUUCAUAGGUUGAGUUUCGAAGAAUCCAGGGCAUGCGAAAUAAUGAAUAUAAUUGCAUGUGAGGGCAUUCAAAGAUUACAGAGAACUGAAACAUACAAGCAGUGGCAAUCAUGCAAUACGAGAGCUGGGUUAAAGCCUAUGCCCAUAAGGCCAGAGCUUGUAAAGGAGUUGAAAGAAAUGGUGAGGGCAGGAUAUCACAAAGAGUUUUUGUAUGUAGAAGAUGGUCAUUGGUUACUGCAAGGGUGGAAGGGUAGAGUUCUAUGUUGUAACUCUUGCUGGACAUCUGCAUAAUAAGAAACUCAGAAGCUAUGGUAUAAUGGAACCCCUAUUUGUAUUCCAACACUCAAGAAUUUAGAGACCUGAGUUGUUAGAGGAAGAGCUAUCUUAGAACAUCAGUCAAGGUGGUUUUCUAGUUUCCCUUUCUUUCUGUUUUUUAGACAGAUUUUUUUUUUUGUAUUUUCUAUGGAUGUUUUUACUUGGACUACAAUUUGUCCCAGAUCAGACCAGACCAAACCAGACUUGAGUAGUUAUAAAAAUAC